GGGGCGGUGGCGUGGGGGGAGCAGAUGCCGCUGGCUGGGAGCGCGAGCCGGCCGCCAGCAGAGCGCAGCCGCAAGAAAGGCGCGGGGGAGGCGAGCCGGAGCCAGAGUAGCAGCCUGUGUCCGCCGAAAGCACCCGGGUGCAGUCGGAGCCGGAGCCGCAGCCGCGAUGGCCGUGGCGGUGGGAAGACCCUCUAAUGAAGAUCUUCGAAACUUGUCCCUUUCUGGCCAUGUUGGAUUUGACAGUCUCCCUGACCAGCUGGUCAACAAGUCUACUUCUCAAGGAUUCUGUUUUAACAUCCUGUGUGUUGGUGAGACAGGUAUUGGCAAAUCCACACUAAUGGACACUUUAUUCAACACCAAAUUUGAAAGUGACCCGGCUUCUCACAAUGAACCAGGUGUGCGGUUAAAAGCCAGAAGUUAUGAACUUCAGGAGAGCAAUGUACGGCUGAAGUUAACCAUUGUUGACACCGUGGGAUUUGGAGACCAGAUAAAUAAAGAUGACAGCUAUAAGCCAAUAGUGGAGUACAUUGAUGCCCAAUUUGAGGCCUACCUGCAAGAGGAAUUGAAGAUCAAACGUUCUCUCUUCAACUACCACGAUACAAGGAUCCAUGCCUGCCUCUACUUCAUCGCCCCUACAGGACAUUCACUCAAGUCCCUGGACCUGGUCACCAUGAAAAAGCUGGACAGUAAGGUGAACAUCAUUCCAAUAAUUGCAAAAGCUGAUACCAUUGCCAAGAAUGAAUUACACAAAUUCAAGAGCAAGAUCAUGAGUGAACUAGUCAGCAAUGGUGUCCAGAUAUAUCAGUUCCCCACAGAUGAAGAAACGGUGGCAGAGAUUAAUGCAACAAUGAGUGUCCAUCUCCCAUUUGCAGUGGUUGGCAGCACAGAAGAGGUGAAGAUUGGCAACAAGAUGGCAAAAGCCAGGCAGUACCCCUGGGGUGUGGUGCAGGUUGAGAAUGAAAACCAUUGUGAUUUUGUGAAACUCCGGGAGAUGCUGAUCCGAGUGAACAUGGAAGAUUUGCGGGAACAGACUCACACCCGCCACUAUGAACUGUAUCGGCGCUGUAAGCUCGAGGAGAUGGGCUUCAAAGACACUGAUCCUGACAGCAAGCCCUUCAGUCUUCAGGAAACAUAUGAAGCAAAGCGGAAUGAAUUCUUGGGAGAACUUCAGAAGAAAGAAGAAGAAAUGAGACAAAUGUUUGUUAUGAGAGUGAAAGAGAAAGAAGCUGAACUCAAAGAGGCAGAGAAAGAGCUUCAUGAGAAGUUUGACCUCCUAAAGCGGACACACCAAGAAGAGAAGAAGAAAGUGGAAGACAAAAAGAAGGAGCUUGAGGAAGAGGUGAACAAUUUCCAGAAGAAGAAAGCAGCAGCUCAAUUACUACAGUCCCAGGCCCAGCAGUCUGGGGCCCAGCAAACCAAGAAAGACAAGGAUAAGAAAAAUGCAAGCUUCACAUAAAGCCUGGCAAGCCAAGGAUGUUCCCGCAUUCACCUGCUUUUGCAGUAAUAUUGUGUCUUUGCCAUCUGUGUCCUUUUAUUUUUAUUUUUAUUUUUUUACUCUUCCUCAAACACCAAUAACUAUUAACUCAUUUUACUGAAUGUUGUUGGGUGGUGGAAAAUGGUAGAACAAGGGAAUGACAGCAAAAGCUAUGUGCAGCUGGACUUUGUUUCUAGAAAGCAAAUGGUUUGUCUGUUAUGCCUGUUCAGAAUGGCAGCAGGAAGCAUGCCUGUUACUUGUAUGUUGCUUUGGACUGAGGAAAGGAGGUUGAAAUGCUUUGUGUACGUCUGACGCGAAAACUUCUCACCACCUCAGCACUCAACUAAAAACCAGAACAGCCAUGACAACAUCUUGCAUUGUCUUGAUUAUUCAUCUCAGUGAUCGCAAAAUCCGUGAACUCACCCUGUCUCUUCUCCACAUUACCCCAAACUAAGGUAGAUUUGUGUAUAGGCAGAACUGUGGGUAAGCAUUAUAUGAAUUUUUCAUUUUAAUCAAUAAUAUUAUUUGGCCUGGAAUUGUGGGUCUGUUCAGACUGUUUCCUCUUGAUGGUUUUAAACUGCAUCUGAACACCUAUCUCUCAAAUCCUGGCCAAGUUGGAGUGGGAGGACUGUCACAGAAAACUUAUGAUUAUGUUCACUUUUAUCAGUGCAACCUUGUUUGUUUCACAGAUAGUGAUCUCAAAGUUUGGACCAUACACCCUUCUACAAAGGAUGAUGGUUUUCUCAACCUAUUUUCUACCUAAGAUAAGGAAUUGUUCAUAAAUACACCUAAAUUUGUUCUCAGUGAGUUGGGUGGGGAGGGUCUAAUAACUGAUUCCAGGAUAUAAGUACAACUUCUAAUAAAAUUUUUAACUAACGAAGAGGAGAAAAUUUCCAGAAAUGCUUCAAGUAGAAAAUUUGUUAUAAACUGUGUGUCAUCUGCAGCACAAGUUUGAGGGGAAAAUGGGGAAGAACAGAACACAAACACAUGAAUCAGGAAAGUAGAAAUUCAACUUUACAUCUGGCUUCCUUACUUAGUUCCCUUCAAUAUUUGGCGAUAAAGGGAAGAAGAAAUAGAACAAUUGGUUUCUCAAAUCCAGUUAUCUUGGAAUCCACGACUAGCUUCACCUGCUCUCUCUGUCCAAGGCCCAUUGAGCUGAUGCCCCAAAGCCUCAGCAGUGAGGGUGAGAGUAUCCUAUAUACCACGAUGUGAACUGUGUGCCUAAUUUGCAUAGAAAAAUUAUGUGUAUUUAAUCUGUUUUCUGUACCAUUCCUUUCUGAUGCUUAUCCUCAUCUUGAUUUUUUUACUCUCUCUACUAACAAAAUUCUCCCAGCUUUCUAACUCUGUAGUCUCCUGUUUCUUACUUGAAAGGAUAUUUCUCAUGACCCAAUGAUUCAUCCCUGCAACUUCUUUCUGACCAUCACUAGUCAUAUAUCAAGUAAACACUCUCACACUUUUUUUUUUUUCCAAUUAGUAAGUCUUCCAUUGGUUCCAACAAGGAUUUUUUUCCUUUUUGUCCUUAGUCAUAUUCUUAGGAGAAAGAAGGAAUGGUCUUCCAUGAACUGAUUUGGUCUUAAUUAGGCUAAGUUAGGAAAUCAGUUAUUGAAGCCCAAACUAAGUUAGCAGUAAUGAUAGAAAGACAGGUUUAGGAGCUACUGGACUAAGUGUUUUUGUCUGUUUGCUUGUUUGUUUAAUGAUUCGAGUCUUGAGGCUAGCUGCGGAGCAGCCAAAGCUGAGAUGGCAUGCUGAUUUCUAACCAUCGGCUUAAUUUGCUCACCACCAUGCACCAGACAAAAGCCUGAAUACUCAUGUCAUGUGCUUGUUCCCACCACUGCUUGUGUUAGCAUUUUGGUGCCAAGUAAGAGAAAAUACAAUUUUAAAUAGUUUCUGCAUCACUAAAACCUUAUUAAAAUGAGCCUAGCAGUGAAAGGUAUCCAACGACUUUUUAAUUCCAAGAUUAUUGAUUGGAUUUUUUUUUUUUUUGCAUUAAAAUUUUCAAAAUAAAGUAAAACAUAUGGAGAGUCAGGGAAUAAAAAGUCAAAAGAAAGAUACAGAGCCUUUUUUUCCCCGACGUAUUGCUUCUGCAGUUUUUUUUUACCACCUUUCCCUAGCCCUAUUUAGUUUGUUAUUGCUGCUCUUCUCUUUUCUUUCUGUAUCUAUGCCUUUUUUCACAGUAGUCCUUGGCUCUGCACGGAAUAAAUGAUCCCCUCAGUCUAAUUGGAUGUGCUUUCGCCUCUGCAUGUAAGUACAGUAGUAAGAUAUCUUUGAGAUCUUUCUGAUUUUUUCUAUUAGGAAAAACAAAUGGGAUGGAUGGAUUUUUUCUUUCAUUCUUUUUGAGUUGGGUAGGAAGGUAAUGACAACUAUAAAUAUAUUUUAAAUGGCUACAUUUAUAUCUUUCACAAGAACCACAAAAAUUCAUGUUACCCUUUACUAUCAAUGUAGACAAUCAGAAAUUACUAAUCUCAGCCUGUGUUUUUGGACAUCAGUGGAUAUUACAUCAAGUCCUUGGUUCUGAUAAUGUUGAUAAAAGCCAGAAUGAGAAACUACUACCUUCCACUAGAGAAAAUCAAAAAUCAUCCCUGCUUAAUUUUUUGGUGAUCUUAGUUUCAAGGUCUCUCCCUCAUGCUAACUGGUAUCAGUGGUCAUCUCUUUCUCUUUGUGUGUGUGUGUAUGUGUGUGUGUGUGUGUGUGUGUGCACCAGACCACUCCAACUGGUCUCUCCUAUCUUUUUUUCAACCGUAAUGACCAUCUUUUUACUUCUUCAGGAGUUUAGUUUAGCGAUCACUAACAAUUUUAUGUGCUGUCAGAUGUGAUGGAAAAGCCCUUUGAGAAUUUAUUGGCUGUUCAGAGACUAUGUUUUCCCAGCUUAGACUCUAUUAAUUCACCAAGAUCUUGUCCAACUGGGGGAAUCAUUUAAUGUAACACUGGGCAUAGGUUACUUAUCAUCCUUCUAUGCUUUGUAAUCUCACCAGCAAUAACAUUUAUUGUCUAUAUCUUAUGCAUCUCAAAUGGACUUGGUUUCCUCACUUUCUUGACGUACCCAUGAGUGUUUCACAUACAAACUGCUGCAUCAGAUUUUUCAGCUAUUUACCAAUCCACGUCAUACUGUCUCUGUGUGGUCCUACAAAAAGUGUCCAUUCAAAUUCUUUAUUUUGCCAUUUGCGACCGUCUGAAACUGUCAAGUCUCAACUUCUGAAAGUCCUGGUUCCAUUUACAGGACAUGUAUAUGAUGACUCUUUAGUAGAAAUUUUGACCUACAAAGUCUAGAUUGUAUGUAGGUAUGAAGGGAAUUUUUAAAAUAAAUUGAAAAUUAAGCUGUGAACAGCAUUAGAACUUUGUCUAUUAAUUUUUAAAUAUGCUGAUAUGCCUUAAACUGUAGCUGUAGAUCAUUGUCAUUUUGCUGUUUGAAAAUAACCAAUGUGUUUUCUAAAACUUGUGUAAUCUACUUUCUGUGUUAAUGCAGAAUUGUCAUAUAUGUAAGCUGCAUGUUAGACACUUGUCUUUUUUAAGAAAACUAAAAUAAUUGUAUUAAUGUGAAGCAUAUCACUUUUUCAAGUAUGAAAGUAAUCACUCAGCAACCAUGCUCAGUAAUUUGGUGUCUGUUAAGGUAGGAGAGUGGCGGACAGGUAAUCUAUGCAUAUAUCAACAGUGCCAAGACCUAAAGCAGGGGGAAAUAUAUUUUUACCCAAACAUUA